AUGUCCUCAAUAAACAUAAAGAGGAAGUGUCCAAAAGGAGAGAGUCCGGGUAAUUGCAAAGAUAAUGGAGUUAUAUAUGCAGAAAAGGGAAACCUUCUAGAGCCUGCUACAGAUUAUGGGUAUGUCACCCACGGAAAACCUUUUGGACCGGUAAUAACAGAUCUUUACUACGGUGAACAUGAACUUCAGAUAGACAAUGGUGGAGGACCCACUUCAUUGUCUACUAAACGCCCCGAUGCAUGGGAAGUAACAACUUACUACUCUUUUACACAUGAUGGUGGUGAGGAAAUAAAUAAACCUCUCGUCCUCAGAGUACAAACUAUUACCAGCGCCGGGUAUACGUGGUAUGAAAAUACCGGAGAUGGUAUAAAAUGGAGGAAGAUUGAAGGCUCUGAUAAGUUUCCUAGCAGUGACACAGAUCCUGCUAGUCUUCAGUUCAAGAAUGAACUAGAUAGGCUUGCAUGUAAACUCCACGAUCUCCAUUCUGUUGACAUUUAUGAGAAAGGCAAUGGUGAGGGAAAAUACUCUUGUCCGUGCAAAAAUAUUAAUGUGGACAUAGAGAAAUCUCUUAAUAAGGAUGCAAUAGAUGGGUACAUCUGUUAUCUGCACACAUACAACCCUAAUAUAACAAGGGCUAGAUAUAGGAGUACUCUUCUUACAUGGAGAACUGGUAAAGGUGCUAAAUAUGAAGCAUUUUCACUCAGUGACAAAACCCUUAAUCUCUCUGUUUUCUACUGGGAUAAAGAUGAAGAUCAUACAAAACCCCUACUUAUGCAAGUAUAUGUUGGAAGUAUGGAAGCUGGUCUCUUUGGUAAUGUACCAGUUUCCCUAGGUAAUGAUGGUAGCAGUCUCAAUGAUAGAUGGAGUAUGAUAAGUGAUCAUGAACCAGGAGAGAAGAUAUAUGCAGAUACCCUCCACAAACAAAGGUGCAAACUCUUCCAUCCAGUGAUCAUAGAUGUCUCUCAGGAAAACAGCUAUAUUAAUCCAUACUGUGAAAAGAACAAAUGUACCAAGGGAGGAUCUCCUGAUAAAGUAAUUGCUGAAAAAUACAAUGAUCCUCAAUAUGAAGAGCUCAGUUCGGGUAAAUAUAGUGCUUGGAAGCACACCUAUAGGAAUGGAGAGCCUUUUACCGUAACUGGUUUCAUUAAUGGUUCUUCAGAAGGUACGGAUCUAGACGAACUUAUACUAUGGAAUGUUAAAGAUGUAGUGGUUUUCUUGCCCUCUUGUAAGACAUUCAAUGAUCCAGCUACAGAAGCUCCUCUUGUAGUCCGUGUUAGCAGUAGGAGUGGAUAUAAUUAUAGGUGGUCCAAUAACUAUUGCACAAAGAAUGGUGGUAAGUGGGAGCUGGAGGGUAAACUAAAAAGUGAGGUUCCAAAGAUACCUGGUAAUCUUAAAGCUACUCUGGAGAUUGCUAAACAACUAGAACGAUCAGAACAAGAAUCAGAACUACGAGAACAUUCUGAGGGACUAAGAUCCAAAGAUACUAAAGACCUUGAAGAAGCUGAGGAUGAGGGAGAAGAGGAGGGAGCUAAAGAAGGUGAAAAAGGAUAUACUGUUCAAGAACCUGAAACUCUUCCUCAUUUUGCUAAACUAAUAGGAUCCAAACAUAAAGAAAAGGAGGAAUCACGACUAGGAGCAGAACUACGUUCUGAAGUACCACAAUCAGCAUCUGAAGAAAAGGUAAAAGAUGAACCAUCUAGUGGUAAUGAAAGUUCAUAUGAAGGAAAAGGUACUCCUAGUCCUGCUGAAGUUACUGUUCCUGUUGUUAGUAGUAAAGCUGAAGAUCUUGCCAGCGGUAGAACUACCAUCUCUGAAUUUCUUGCACAUAAUGGUGUUCAACGUGAAGAGGUUCCCGCAGCUGACUUAUCUGACCAGGUUCUUGAUACAGAGUCUGAGACCAAGAUUCUCCUACAAGGCACUCCUGUAGCUCAAAUGACUGAGGAUGCUGUAGAAGUAUUUACUAAAAAACUAUGGGAAUUUUUUGAUCCUCUUACCGAGCUUAAAUCAACCCUUGCUGGUGCUGCUAGUAUAGGUGCUACAAAAGCGGCUUAUCACCUGGUUAAUGGUAUUGAAAGGCUUGGAAGAACAUUUUGGGAGAAAAAUAAAGAAAAAUAUGCUGAAAGAGACCCUAAAGGAGGUGGUAAAGCUGAAAAUCUUGAAGCUAAAGUUGAAGAAGUCUCUACUCAUGAACCUACCGGAGAGAAUUCUGAUGUUGGACUUCAAGGAGCCCCUGAAGGUAAAGUUUCCUCUACAUCUACUCAAGGUUCUCAACAAGAAUCUGAUCUCCUAUCCACCAAAGCUGGCACUCAAGCUGGAGGCUCUCCUCUUGAGGAUCAAGAAAAAGCUGAAACUGAAGAUACUGGCUCUGUAUCUACUGAAGAAAAUUCUGUUGCUGAACAUACUCCUCCUGAAGAAACUCCUCAAGCUAAACCUGCUCCUCAAAAAGCUGAAGCUCGUCCUGAAGUUGCUGCUCCCAAAGCUGAAUCUACUGCUAGACUUGAAGACUCAGGCUCUUAUGCUCCUGGAGCUCCUAAUCCUAAAUCUGAUGACUCUACUAACAUUAUUAAGAUAUCCAUAGGAGUUCCUGCUGGCAUUUUUGGCACUUCUGCCUUGGCUUGUUUCACUGGAUGGAAACUUUAUAACCGCUAUAAAGGAGAUCCUUGGGUUAGACAGAUUUAG